GCCACUUAGAUGACUGGCUCAAAGUCUUUCUCGACAGAAAAUCCUCCUAAGAUAAAAACAUCUUUAUUUAUCCAUUGAUGUCUCCUUAAAAAAUGCAGCAAAACGGUGGAAAACAAGUCGAGGAGGAAUUACUACCUAUAGAUAUUUAUUACAACAAGUUACUAGAUUGGCUGCUUGACAGACGUCAUUGUGAUCUGAAAUGGCAAAAUGAUGCACUGGAAAUCAGAGAAAAAAUCAAUGCCGCAAUACAAGAUAUGCCACCUGUUGACGAAAUAACAGAACUCUUGUCUGGAUCAUUCAUAAAUUAUUUCCAUUGCUUGAGAAUAGUGGAAUUACUCAAAGUGUCAGAGUCAGCUACUAAAAAUAUAUUUGGUAGAUAUUCAUCCAAACGUAUGAAGGACUGGCAGGAAAUUGUGAGCCUGUAUGAAAAGAAUAAUCUUUAUUUAGCUGAGGCAGCUCACCUUUUGAUACGAAACGUAAACUUUGAAGUUCCUUCUCUUAAAAGGCAGAUAGGAAAAUGUCAACAAACACAGAGGGAUUGUACAAAGAAAGAGAAUGAAUAUUCAUCAAAUGCAUCUGUAUUCCUUGAUCAGCAUAAGAAAACCUGUGAAAAAAUGGGAAUCAAGGGCGAUAACAUUAAAAGCGAGUUGAUGGAUCUCCUGAAAGAACUUCCUGAGAUAUACAGUAAGGUAGCACAAGACACYAUCAAGUGUUCAAACAUCGUUGAAUACUACCAGGCAUUUACAAAGUUCGUUUCUCCAAGCUAUGAGUCAUCAGACGAAAACCAGAAUGCUCAGGUUCUUCCAUUGUUAAGAUACUUGAUUGAACAUGGCAAUACAACGGUUUAUCAAUGGAGAACAGGUCAAGUACCAACUGCCAUUGAGUCAGAUGAAACAGCUGAGGUAGAAGUGGAGAAAAGUUCAGAAGGAGAAAUUGAUUGGGGUGAGCCAUCAGCUGAUAGCACUGUAGAAGGGACAGAAUCACCUUCGAAUGGAAUCGACUUUGGAGACACUGGUGAUGCCAUUGACUGGGGGGGUGGUGGUGAUAGUGGUGAUGGUACUGAGAAUGGUGGGAUUGAUUGGGGUGAUUCUGGUAAUGACGACAGUGCUGGUAUAGAUUGGGGUGACAGUGGGAUAACUGUUGACGAAUCCGCCGUGACUGAAAUAACAGUAGAGGAUUCUGGUGAAGGUGGCAUAGCUAAAGGAAAGGAUGCAUUAACCAUCUUGGAUAAUACUGAAACACGAAACAUGUUUCUGGAUGAAAUGAUGGAACUUCAAGCAUUUCUCAGUCAAAGACAAGCAGAGUGGAAAAGUGGUUCAGACGUAGUAGCUGUGAACGAGUUUCAGGCAGCACCUCGCAUCAUUCAGAUCCAGUCACGAGAAACUAUCGAAAAGAUGGCUGCUACAAUCACUGAUGUCCUCUCUCGCCUCACUACCAUGAGAGUUCAAAAUCUCUGUCUUCUUAAAAGCUCCCCAAGAUAUGUGGACAGACUGGCUGAAUCACUUCAACAAAAACUAAGACUUUCAGAAAAACUCAAAACCUCUUGCAAAAGAAUGGUCGAGAAGAGAAACGAAGCGGCCGAGCAGCAAAGAGAGCUGGAACCUAAACUAGAAGUCAUCCGGUGUAAAACCAAAGAAUUGAAAACUCAGAUAGCAGGCGAGAUCUCCAAGAAAUACAAAAACCGACCUGUGAAUAUAAUGGGUGAAAUUAACAAUAUCUAAAACUGUCGUCAUAGUAACUAUAAAUAAAAUAAUCUAUAUAAAAGACGCAUGUAUCAGUGGAUUUGAUUCUGUGCCUUCCGAUUGGUCAGUCGGUCGUGGGUGCAUCCAUUAUUUACAUGUUCUUUUUUCAAUUAAAUGUCAUGGGUGAGGUUCAGAAAGACACAAAAAUAAGGCAACCAAAUUGA